CCUAGAAGGACUGAACAUAUUGGCUUUGUGUUAUUUUUUUGAAGUGAUGGCUAUCGAUUAAUAAAGUUGGCAAUUUGCCCCGCAUCACGUGAAAUUAUGACCACAGUCUAAUAUUAAAAUUGAACCCUUCGACAUAAAUUCUCCGUUCCCUGUUAUCUUAACCCUAGCUAAUAAAUUUAUUCCAUCACCACAUUCUCCUCUCUCUCUCUCUCUCUCUCUCUCUCUCUACUUAAUUAACACAAACGGUCCGCCCACUACAUUCCAUCCACCCACCAAUCCAACCAACCGCUACUGUCCUCUUUUGUCCUUUUACUCCCAUUUCCCACCAUUAUUCCCCACUCCAAACCCUAGCUAACAACAACACAAAAACACAACCAAAAUGUGGGUGAACUAAUUGGAGGAGGAGGUAGGAAAGACAAUGGAAUACAGUCAAAUGAGACAGAGUAUAUCGGUAUCUAUAUAUAUACUUGAUGUCGAGUAUGGAUUUUGAUGAGAUCAUUUGAUUCUUUGUAUGAGUUACGAUAGGUAAUUUAUAAGAUAUCAAUCAAACUAUGUACAUUUUAACUAAAUUGUUUCACAUAAAAUUAAAUGAAAACAAAACAAAACAGAUCGAAAGUGAACUAGAUAACUUAAAUAACGGAAAUCAUAUGUCUUGCUCUUAUCUCACAACGAAUCAUACCCGAAUCAAAUCUUAAUCGUCAUCCCAAGACACCGAAGACUCUCACUUAUCCCAGUUGCAAAUAGGUUCACUUUGAAUAAACGACACCAGAUAAAAUAGACCAGAAAAGGAAAUGAAACCCGAAACAAAUCACGUCGAACGUGGUCUAAAUUAUGAGCAGACAUAUCGAUCUCACGUUCUGCUCUACUACGACGACCGGAACACGAAUAAGAUCGCACCCGUUACGUCUCGAUGAAGGAAAAAUCAUACAUGAAGAAGACCGCGGCUCGAGUAGUCAUCAUCGAUCAUCUCCCUCCUCAACUACUAACGAAUGGCCACAAGUUUUCUCCUUUUUUUCAUAAACAAAUUUCUCUAAAUUAAAAAACUUCAUUCCUAACUUUCACUUUCAUUCCCUACACUUCAAUUAUUACUCUCCAAAUCACCCACACACCAUUCCUACAAUUCUACAACUUACAUCCCCCGCCCCAUUUGGUCUCCCAUUUCCUUUUGUUCUCUUCCUCUUGGAAACCGAAUCUCUCUCUCUCUCCCUCUCUCUCUCCCUUCUUCUUCUUCCUCCGCGUUUCUCAUUUCCAUCCUCUCUUACCCUCUAUGCAGCAGGUUCAUGAGAACAACAAAUCGCCGCUAAUGGAAAACAAGCAAGACCACCACCACAACCAGGCUGCGGCGGCGACGGCGGCGGCGGCGGAGGCGUUGCGGUGCCCGCGGUGCGAUUCGGCGAACACCAAGUUCUGCUACUACAACAAUUACAGCCUGUCCCAACCCCGCCACUUCUGCAAAGCCUGCAAGCGCUACUGGACCCGAGGCGGCACCCUCCGCAACGUCCCCGUCGGCGGCGGCUGCCGGAAGAGCCACAAGCGCCUCCUCAAGCGCCCCUCCACCAACCCGAAUUCCUCCUCAACCUCCGCGGCGGCGGCGGGGGAAAACCCUAACCAGUUCCAAAUCAUCAACCAGAUGAAUAGUCCCCUGUUCUACGGGAAGCAGCAGCAGAGCAACCCUCCUCCUCCGCCGCCGCCGCCGCCGCCGCCGUCGUACGAUCAGCUGGCUUCCUUCGCACCGUCCAACGGCGGCUUCAGCUACCCGUCGGCGGCGAGUACAUUUUUCGGCAGCGGCGGAGGCGCGAUUCUUUCUCCGACGAUGGCGACCCUGCUGGCAUCCACGCUCAACAACAGGCUCUCUUCGUCGUCGUCGAACGGCGUCGUGAAGAGGCAGGAGGAGUCGAGCUCCGCCGACCACUUCCAGGCCGCGGCGGCGUUCGACGGCUUGCAAAUGAGCAGCGGGGUGAAAGACGAGCAGCAAGGUUGGAAUUUUAGCGGCUUCGCGAAUGGUAAUGGUAAUAAUAAUAAUAACAACAACAACGCCGGCGGGCAGCAGGCGGCGGCGGUGGAGCAAAUCGGGUCGGAUCCUCAGUCGGCUUACUACUGGAACGCGAUGUGGCACGAUCCGGGAAAUAUUGGGCCUUCCGUUACUUCCUUGAUCUAGCCCUAAACCCUUCAUUUUCGUCUCUCCCUCUCUUUUUUUUUUUUUCUUUUUUCUUUUUCCUAUUCGUUUUUUUAGGUCCUGUGUUUUUUUUUAACGGCGGCGACCAUGCGCGCGUCAAGAUUUCAUACCAGCACGGUUGAUGAAUAUCUGGCAAAUUCAUGAGCUCACCAAUUCAUGUUGGUGACUAACAAGAGCAUUUUCGGGGAACUUCGGUUAGGGUUUUUCGAAUGUUAAGGUUAUUGGGGAUUUGUGGGGUAAAAGGGACGAUGAGAAGGAGAUUGGAUCAGAGAGAUUGAUCAGCUGAAAAGAGAAGGAGUUGGUUUUAUAUAGAUUGGGCUGAGAAAGGGAAGCUCGGAUCCUCUUUCAAUCUCGUCGUCAAGCUGGCGCUAAGAAGAAGUGAAGUGAAGAGAAGAGAAUAUCCAGUACUAUAAGGUUAGGGGAAAAAAGACAAAUCAAUUUUUAUUUGUGCAACUGUGUUUACAAUCCCUAGCUAGCUAGAUGUGUGUAAAUAUGUAUGCAUGAACAAUUUCUGUUUUUGGGUUCUUUUAGUUUGGGGUUUUGGGUGGGUGGGUAUAUGUAAAUCCUCAAUGGAAGGGGAUUUGAGAGGGGGGUUUAAUUAAUUUUCUUUGUUUUCCACAUUUUUGGUGAUUUCUUGGUUUUUGAUUGGGGGAAAGAUCAAGAGAUUUUGGGAUGGGGGGUAUAAUUGUGGUGGUAUAGAGAGAUUAAAGAGGGAGAUCAUAUUUGACAAUGUCAUGUUGGGAGGGGGGAUUGGUUAAUUUAGUUGAAUGCUGGUUGGUCUAUUUCCCCAUCUUUGUGGUUAAUUUACAAGAACUCAUCACUUUGGUUAAUUUGUUGCUUAAUUUUGGUCUUAUUCCAAUUAAGGGAGGUGUUGGUGUUCCUUUUUUUGGGAUCAAUUCCAAGACCCACAUUUCCAUGCAUUAAUUAGUUGGUUUGUAACUCUUUUCUUUGACCCAAAAACUAUGCUUCAUGAGUUGGAACAUCCCAACAAUAUAAUCUUUCUUUGUUCAUGUAGUUAAUCAACAAUCUAGACACAUUGCUGCAAACAAGAAGUUUGAUCUAGUAGUAGUAACCAGGAUGAACUUUCCUCUACACCUCUCUGCUUAGGCACCUUGGUCAGCAUGUAAAAAAAAUCCAAAAUUACU